CAUAAGAACUUGAUGUUGCUUGAUAUCUAAAAAGAGAAAAAGUGAAGCAUUUUCCCACUUAACUCAUCGAUUCAGGACUGCUGAAUCGGCAAAAUCUGAAGGAAUCGGGCGAUUCAAAUCGAAUCGCCCGAUUUUGCCAUUCAAGAAAUUUAAAUGACGCGACAAGCACUUCCAGGUGUUUCUGAUCGCGUUUUCGUUCGAUUCAGGGCUCUGGGCGCUGUUAUAGGCUCCGUUCUUCCCACUCGUCCUCCUUCCCCGCCUUUCUCCUCGCCGUAAACGGCCGGCCGGUGCCUGAGCUUCUAACCGUGCUUCCUUUAAGAUCUGUGUCUUCCUAUUUCGAGUUUCGCCUCCCUCGCUCUCCGUGAAUCGAUUCAGUACAGCAGCGGCAGCCUCCUCCGGCCAUCCAGUUCCAGCGUCAGUGUUUUCUGAUUCAGCAGAGCACCGCCUCCGCCUUAGGCAACUGCUUGUUGACCCGCGCUGGACUCGUCAUCGACCUGCCUCAGGAAGUCGUCCAUCGUCCACGCCAGCCUGUAACCUUCCUCCAGUUCAUUCCGGCCCUCCACCGUCGGUUCUCGGUCGCCCAUCAUUUGAAGCACACUGGCGCCGGAAAGGGCCUCGUUUAGGCGUGGACUAAGCUGGACUAAGCUCGCCUAGGCGCCAACACGCCUAGUCCAUGGAAAAGUGACCCAUUGAGGCACAAAAAGUGACGGAGAUUUUGUCAUUAAGAGGAGCUGAUGUCGAUUGGUCACAAGACUCACAACUGCAAUCAAUAAAAGAGAGCAUAUUUAUAGAUAAAUUAUGGCAUCCAAAUGCAGGUGUCAAUCUUGACGACAGUGGGAUUAUGACCCAAAGGACAUGAUGGUCGAGAAGGGUGUAAGGAUGUAGCUUGGUUGUAGAUGAUGUUGUGAGGUGGAAAUGGAUGCACUCAUACUUGAAAAAAAGAGCAAUUUACCUAUUGCACAUGGAGUAGAGAAAAGUAUUUUGGUAGAUGCAGACAUGCAUGAAGAUGGUAGUGGUAAGUCUGAUACAUGCAAGGAUCAUUCCCAUGUGCAUGAAGUAGAAGAAAUUGUUCCAAUAGAUGCUGACAUACACAAACAAGCGAGUGGUGAGUUUGAUACACACAAGGAUAAUCUUGAUGCACAUGGACUAGAGGAAAGUAUUUCAUUGGAUGGGCCAAUGCACAUACAAGGCAGUGAUGAGUUUGACACUCCACAUGAUGGAAUGGAGUUCAGUGACAACGAAGAUGCAUUCAACUUCUACAACAAUUAUGCACUCACUCAUGGGUUUAGUGUAAGAAAGGAUAGCCAAGAUAAAAAUGAUAAAGGGAUUGUUGUAAGGAAGACAUAUGUAUGUUCAAAGGAGGGAUUGCUGAAACAUAGUAAAGCCAACAAAAUUCAUAGAGGGACGACAAGAUGUGGAUGCCCUGCAAAGAUGGUAAUUAGGAGGCUUUCGAACGGCAGAUUUGUUGUUAAGACGUUCAUUGCUGAUCACAACCACCUCUUGGCUCCUCCGACAAUUGCUCGCAUGUUGAGGUCACAUCGAAAGGUAAAACGUGCUCAUGCAGCAAUUGAAGAGUUAGCUUCUGACAUCGGUACCACUCCAAGGCAAACAUACAACUACAUCAGCAAGUUGGAUGGAGGACAUGAGAAUGUAUCACUAACAUCGCCUAACCUAAGGAAUCACCUUCAAGAAAGGAGAGAGAGUGCUAUGGGAAAUGGAGAAAUACAUGCUGUUGUAAACUAUCUCCAAAAGAAGUCGAGUAUGAAUCCUGGCUUUUAUAGUGCCUUUCAAUUGGAUGAGGAUGCAUAUGUAAUGAACAUUUUCUGGGCAGAUGCUCGUUCACGAUUAGACUACACAUGCUUCAAUGAUAUUCUUGUCUUUGAUACUACAAUGAAGAUUAAGACUAAUAAAUGGCCCUUUGCACAAUUUGUGGGUGUGAACCACCAUGCCCAGAGUUGCAUAUUUGGUAGUGCUUUUCUGUAUGUUCAGACAAUAGAGAGUCUUGUGUGGUUGUUUGCACAGUUUACAGAGGCAAUGAAUGGGGUGCACCCACAAGUAGUGUUAACAGACGAAGACAGUGCCAUUGCAAGUGCCAUAACACAGGUGUGGCCAAAUGCAAAUCAACGUUUCUGCCCGUGGCACAUAUUUCAAAAUGCAAUAAACAAUGUAGGACACAUUUUUAGCCAUCAAUCUGGAUUCAAGGAAUCCCUUUCAAAAUGCAUGUUGAAGUCAAAGGAUGAAGAGUCUUUUUUGUGUUCAUGGAAUGAAAUGCUUGAUGAGUACCAAUUACACAACAAUUUAUGGUUGCAGAAGUUGUACAAAGACAAAGAGAAGUGGUCACCAGCAUAUGACCGACAGUAUUUUUGUGCUGACAUGAUUAGUGUCCAAAGGAUUGAGAGUACGCAUGCAAUCCUUGAAAAAAAUUUGUAUUCAUGUUUAACAAUAUUUCAAUUUCUUGAGCAAUAUGAAUCAUUUUUGGAGAAUCUUAGAAAGAAUGAGUUGCAACAAGAUUACAAAGCAUUUUCUACUGUUCCGGUGACGAUGGGAAUCAAGGUAUUGAUGCGUGCUGUAGAUGUAUAUACACCCACUGUGUUUGAGUGGGUGAAAAUUGAAGCUGUUGCAGCAAUAAAUUGUACAAUAGACGUAAUUUCUUGCAAUGACAAUGUGCAUAGAUACAAUGUAGAAGCCUGUGUUGUGACAUACAACACAGAAAACACCACACUUCAGUGCUCCUGCAGGAAGUUUGAAUUUAGUGGAGUUUUGUGUUGCCAUGCAAUGAAGGUGUUAGAUCGAGAGAAUAUCAAAGAGAUACCUACAGCCUAUGUGUGGCGACGAUGGACCAAGAAUGCUAAGACCGACUUGUUGAAUGCUUCCAGUAUCCCUAUGACUGGGAGGGUUGAUAGAUGUCGUACUAUAUCACGAUACCAGCAUUUGUGUCGCACCUUCUUGCAUAUUGCUGAAAUUGCUUCAAAGAGUGAAGAAAUGUACCAAUAUGUAAUUGCAAUGCAAAAAAAGACCUUGAGAAGUGUUGGAAACAUGCACAUGCAAAUAAAACGUCUUUGUGAGUGAAAGUUGUGAAGUUGCAGCAGCCAGCCCAUAACCCUUGACUAAUACAAGAAAAUCCAUCCACGGUUGACAUUAUGUUUAAUUACUUAGAGGUCUUAACAUUGGUGAUCGUAUCUGCCCUUCUUUCAUUUGAUUGCAAUGGUGAUAAAUCUUCAUGUUGUGCAUCCAAGUUUCAAGUGGGCUUCCUCUUCUACUUCUUCUUCCUCUACUUGGUUGCUCUUGGUGAAGGUCACACAAGUCAUGCAUUCAGGCAUUUGGUGCAGACCAAUUUGGUAAAGAAAAGAAAUAAUUGAAGAGCCGAAGUCCAAAAUGUCUUCAAUUGGUCGUACUUCAGGACGUUCUUGGGACCUGGAUGCACGGUUCUUGCAAUUAGUUAUACUCAGGAAAAUUCUGGUUUGGUUCUUGAAUGUGGGCGGCUAUGCGUAUUCACGGCUGUGGCAUUUGUAGUUUUCUUGGUUGAGACAUUCAUCUAUUCUUUGAAGAUAGGUGAAGGAGAAACCCCAUUCACAAGGAUAGCACAAGUUUUUGUUGCAGGAAUUCAGAGAUCAAGAUGGGCAGCAAAAGAGCCAAACGCUCAUGUGAUUCUUUUUUUCUGCCUCAGGUGUUGGAAAUCAGGCCAUGACUCUCUACAAAGCAUUCAUGGGCUGCGUGAGGGUCUUCUUGUUUCUGUCAUCCUCUUUUAGAGUUUGUCACAUAGAUGAUCCAAUUUGGCUCGGAUAAUUGUCUCCUUACAGACUAUAUGUGGAAAAUGAAUGAUGUAGCACAUGUUGGAAGAUGCUGCCAUCUCUGGUGUCAGAUAGCCCUUCACCGUCCAAAGAGAGAAACAGGUGUGUGUGUUAUGUUGUGCAACUGGAAGAGGCUAAAGGAGCUCGAAACCUGAUCCCAUUGUGGUUUUACAUAUUUGAUAUAUUGUUUGCAUAACUGCCAACUUUCUUCACAAAGCAAGGCAGAUUGUUCCCAGCUUCUUGGUUCCUGCUGCAACAUUGCAGAGCUAAAUUGGCAUCUCUAAUGCUUUUCAUCUCAAUCUAUCAUCAAAAUCUUGUUCCAGUCGCUAGGUGUGUCACAAGCAUCUUCUCUGGCAUAACAAUGCUCCAAGGGAUUGGUAUUGAAAUGUUCUCAUGAAUAGUUUCUACGGUGGUAGCUGCCCUUGUGGAGUUGAAAGGAGAUUAAAAGUUGGUAAAAGAUGCAGGUCUAAUUGACUUGUUAAUGGAAACUGUAUAUGGUGGCUGGUUCCUCAGUGCCUCUUGUUUGGACUUGCUAAUGGCCUUCAGGUGGGAUCGCCAGAGUUCUUUUAUGAUGAGAUACUGGAUGCAUUGCGAGGCAUGGCAAUGGCUCUUUAUGCUAGUAUAUUGGGGUUGGGAGCUUCUUGGGCAGCUUUUCAUUUCUUGACAGAAAUUUUGGAGUAGUGCAAGUGGAAAAAGUUGGUUCUCCGUUAGUCUUAGUCAAACACAUCUAGACUACUUCUACUGGUUUUUGGCUGGCCUUAGCACUUUUGUGUUGUCAGCAUAUCUAUUGUUUGCUAAAUUUUAGACAUGCAGGGGUCAGACACCAGAACUGCUUUUAUACAUUGUAUGCAAGGUAAACACUGUAGAGGGGAAUUGGUAGGACUUCCCUUCCUCCAUGAAAGGCAAUAAAAUUUCGUCCAGUUUUUGGGGUCA